AUGAUGGAUGGUCGGAUGAGGAUGAGAGGAGUUGACUCCAACGCCUUCUCGGUAGAAAAGGGGGAAAACCCAAUCUUCUAUACGAGUCUCAACAGAAGUAGGGUUGUUAUUCGGUUUUCGGUUAAAACGCGGGAACUUCUGUCUCCUAUCCGAAUUCCAGUUGCAAAAAGCCAAAAAGAUAUGGUUCUAGAAGGAGUGAUAACCUCCCCUCAUCGUAGGUCACAGACACCAUUCUCUUCACCUUCAGUCAAAAAACAAUACAUAAAAGAAGAUGAAUUGGGUAGCUUCUCAACAGUUAUCAGGAGACAUCGCUACCUACUAACUGCUCUUGUACUUCUUGCUGUCCUCUGCACUGUGUAUCUCUAUUUUGCUGUUACUCUAGGAGCCGGGGACAUCUGUUAUGGCUUAAACCCAACUCAAAAGGCACUGUGUCAAGUCAAACUAGCCAAAGAAUCAAUUGCCAAAAGAAAACUAAAAUUAUAA